UAUUUUAUCUUUAUAUAUAAUCUCUUAUUAUAUCUUCUUUCAUUAGUAUUAUUUAAUAAUUGAACGACGUAUAGAGUUUUUAUGAUAUUAUAAACAUGUAUCGUGAGUGCCUCACGAAAGUGUUGCAACGUUGUGGAGUAUAAAGGUACAUCUAACUGAACAAACGUUCAACUAGUGCCUUUCGAGUAGCUAAGCCGCUCAAAGGUCGAAUACUUGCGGAGUACACUUUGUUUUCUUUACAGUCUGAUAACGAAUACUGGCCAUGUGUCAUAUUCUUCACUGGAUUUAGAAUUUGGCGGGAAUGUGCACCAAAUGGUCUUGGUCAAGGAUAUGCCUGCAAAGUUAACUUUCAGUAUUUCUUAUGUUGUGAAAAAGAUCGUUUGUAUUAGCUGACUGAUAACGACACAAUGACAGACGUAACGAUAAAUAACGUUGUUGUAAGUUUUCCUUUUAAACCAUACCGUGUGCAAGAAGAAUAUAUGGCUAAAGUGAUCGAGUGUCUUCAAAAUAGUAAAAAUGGUGUAUUGGAAUCACCGACCGGUACGGGAAAAACGCUCAGUCUUCUAUGUUCUUCUUUAAGUUGGUUAUUAACAAAAAAAGCUCAACUACAAGCAGAGUCGUUAGUUGGGGCUAUCGAGAAACCCGACUUUGGUGGACACUUUUUCAAGCAAUUAAGUAAUGGACUGAAAGAUGGUGCAGGGGAUCAAUCUCCCAACUUGAAUUGGGCUGCGCCCAAAAUUAUCUAUGCAUCCAGAACACAUUCUCAGCUUUCGCAGGCAAUGCAAGAAUUGAAAAAGACCACGUAUAAACAUGUAAGCACAGCUGUGACAGGAUCAAGGGAUCAACUUUGUAUACAUCUAGAGAUUUCCAAAGAAACAAAUAGUGCAAAUAAGAUAUACAUGUGCCAUUCUAAAGUAAAGUCCACAACAUUGUAUAAUAUUCUGAAGUAUGUACAAUUUGCUUUUUCUUUCAGGAACGAUCCAAAGUAUAUAGCAUCUCUAGGACGAACAAUAUUCAAUUUUAGCUGCCUGAUUCCUCAUGGUAUAUUAGUUUUCUUUCCUUCAUAUCCAAUAAUGAAAAAAUGUAAAGAAGAAUGGCAAAAUAUGGGAUUAUGGACUAAAAUCGCAGAUCGCAAACCUAUAUAUGUGGAACCGCAACAGAAAGAUGGAUUCUUGAAUGUCAUGAAUGAGUAUUGUGAAAAAAUUAGAGAUCCCGCUUGUAAGGGGGCACUUUUUAUGGCAGUAUGCAGAGGGAAAGUGAGCGAGGGAUUGGACUUUGCUAACGCAAAUGGAAGAGCUGUAUUGAUUACAGGUCUCCCUUUUCCACCUUUCAAAGAUCCCCGAGUUAUAUUAAAACAACGAUAUUUAGAAGAAAUAAGGAAGGAAGAUAGAGGGGUAAUAAUUUACUCAUAUUAUGUUUGUGUGUAUGAAACGUCGUUUUCCAAUUCCAUUGGUCGGAUAAUACGUCACAAAAAUGAUUAUGGGGCUAUCAUCCUAUGUGACUGUCGAUUUGACAAUCUAAGUUUUAAGCAACAGCUCUCCGCCUGGAUUAAACCUCAUAUAAGAAAAUUUACUAAUUUUGGUAGCGUUGUAAAAGAGCUUAAAGAUUUUUUUAAAUAUGCAGAAUACACUUAUCCGCAACCAAACACGAGCCUCACAUCAUUCAAGAACAAUGGCCUUUUAGCAGCAACCUCAGCAUCAUUUGACGCAACUUCGUCUCGCACUGCAAAGUCUGGUUCGAAAAGGGAUAUUGAAACAUCUAUAGAAGAUACAUUCAAUAUUGAUUCCUAUGCUAAUAAUGAAAAUGAUAAAAAGUCACCCGAGGAGAAGAAAGAUUUGUUCGAAAUGUUAGAUAUAGAAUCGAAGCCCGUGAUUAACUUCAGCAAUUGCAAGUUAAAAGAAAAUCAGAGUACUUGCGAAUUAACAAAAAAUGUUGGUGAACCGGCUGCAAAAAGGAGAAAACUUAAAAUACUGCCAGUAGAAUUUAAUGAACGCUUAUCUGCUCCUUCUACUUCUACUUUGUCUCUCGAUGCGAAUUCUGAACAAACAUUUGAAGAAAUUACUGAUGAAACUGAUAAGAGAGCCUUGGGAAAAGCAUACGUAAAAGAAGUAAAACGGUAUCUAUCUGAAAGUGAUUUUAAAAUAUUUACGGGAAUGAUUCGGGAUUAUACAAAAACAGGCAAUCUUGAUGAAUUAUUGAUAAUAUUACAAAGCCUAUUUUCAUCAGACACAGGACUACAACAUUUAUUUAGAGGUUUUAGACAUUUUUUGAAAAAACAUCACAUUCUUAAAUUUGAAAAUCAAUGUACUUUGAUGAAAAAAAUAUGAAUGCCAAACAUUUAAGAAAAUCGAGAAGCUAAUAAUCCUCUAAUAAAAUAAAAACCAUUAUCGAAAGCAAGUAAGUGCAUGUACUUUGGAAAGAAUUUAUAUUAAAAAUUUUAUACCAUGUAACUUGUUUUUAUAAAGAUAGAAUAUUGCGUGAAUAUGUGAAGCCAGACAAUAAAAUAGAGUAACAUGAAAA